AUGUCGAACGAUGUCUCCCAAGCGGCGCUGGCGGCGCUCAUCCGAGAGGACCACCACGCGCCAUUGCCGCGCCGCGCGAGCCUCGCGCUGUCUGCGGAUGGUAGCUGCGGCUCGACGCACAAGCUGCGCCACUGCAAUCUCAGUGACGACGAGCUGACGCUGCCGAUUGAAGAAGAGGUGCCUGCGACCGCAGAGGCAACCAACAAGAUGAUGCGUCGCCGUCGCCUCUCGUCACUCAAGGCAAGAGUCGCGCGCCCGAGCUUCCAUGAGAUGCAGCGCGUCUCGGGCGUUCUCAAGAUUGACCCGAAGCUGCGGCUCGUGCCCUUCGACCGAAGCGCGCUCACCGAGUUCCAGACCCUCCUUCGCCCGUUUGAGGACGUCGCAACGACUACACCCGCCGUCGAUUGCGUUCUCGCAUCGUUGAACGACCUCCGCGAAACCAUCAUCUCGAGCAUCUUUGAUGAGCAAGACACGCUCAACAACUCGAGGCUGGCGCGCGAAAUCUCUAUUCAAGCUGUCGCCUUGUUUGUCAGCGGCAUCGACGAGCUCGCGGCCGCAACGUCAACGGCAGGCGCCGCGCAUCUGCGGGACAUGGCCCGACGCCUCGGCGUCAUUGACGCCUUCGUGCGCACGUACUUUAUCAACGAGAUCCACGAGCUCGAGCAGGUGGUCAAUAGCCUCGAAGACUCGCUGGAGCAAGCGAACAAGAAGCUGGCGCAGCUCCAGACGGACGUCGCGUCGACCGACGACCGCCACAAGCGCAAACUCGCCGAGGUGCAAUUCUUUUCGGUUGUCAACCAAGCGCGGGCGCGGGCCGCGUCGCCGGCGCUCGCGACAACGGUCGACUCCAAGUUUGAGGAAGCCCACCACGAGUUGCUCAAGGCGCACCACGCGCUCGAAACGACCCACGCCCGGCUCGAAACCUCGUACCAGACGCUGCUCGCGCAGCACGAGACAGCACGGCGCGACUUGGAGCAGGCGCAGCGCAAGGUGUCGAUCCUUACGCACGACGUCGAAGAGCUUUCACAGCCGCUGGCGCUCGACAUCGAGCUCCAGCAGCUCCAAGCCGAGCUUCUCUGUGAGCGGCGGCGUGUGAAAGAGCUCGAGUUUGACAUGGUGCAGACGCGUAUGCGGCAGAUCGAUGCAACGCGCGCCAAAGUGACGCGGGCGUCGGUCGUGACGCGCAUGCGGCGGGCUACCGACGUCGGCGUGCUCCCGACGACCCAAGAGAUUGCGACCAUGGCCGCCAACGUGCUCGAGUACGACAGCGACGAAGUCGACGAAGCCGACUUGCCCGACAUUUCGUUCGAAACGCUCAUGUCCAAGGACCCGGCCAAGCGGCUCUUGAGUAUGCUCAACUACUCGCUGCCGCCGCCGCCGACGCCGCCGGUAGCGCUGCGCCAGAUGCCCGACGCCAACCUCUUUGCCAGCGUCGCAACCGCUGUGUCCAAGCUCAAGUUGCACGCCCACGUCGAGGCAAGCGCCGUUCGAGCACUGGAGCAAAGCGCUGCGCCGUCCGACCUGGCCUUUGUGCGCCAGACGAUUCGAGAUAUCUUUGAGCGCAAGCGGCUUCUGGACGAGUGCGCCUCGAUCGCACACGAGCCGCGCGAGACGCUCGUCGAGGUCGUCGUUGGCUUCCACUUUGCCAGAUUUUCAGAGCCUGCAAUGGCGCAAAAGGAAGCGAUUGCGUUUCUCGACUUGAUCUACCGCCUCCGGUGCGUGUAUGGGGACGUGCGCAUGUUUGCCGAAUUCCUCGACGGCGCCCACUCGGACGAAGUGCUCGACUUUUACGUCUGGCUCGUCCAGUCGAUGGACCAGAUCCCGAUUGGCGCCGAGCUCGAUUCGCGACCAGAAGUCCACCCCCACUACAUUUCGAAAUUCAAGGCGACGCUCCUCACGCGCACACUCUUUCGCACGCUGCGGUUCCGGACGUGUGGGUUUGCAAAUCACUUGUCGCCAGCCACCACGUCGCUCCAGCGCCACCCGUCGCUUGAUGCCAUGUACGACUGCCAGCGGCUCUUUGAGCACACGACGGCGCGCGGACCCAUCUACCUCGGCGAGUUCCACGACCUCCUCGAUGCCUUUCGCGUGCAUCUUCACGGCGAGGAAUGCUACCCGCUCGAUGUCUUUUUAUACGCCCUUGUCCUUAUGUACAAGAAGCAGAAAGACUGGUUCUUCGAGUCGGUCCGUCUCCUUUUCAACCAAGUGCACGACGAAGCGGUCGCGUUGGACACGCGGCAGAGAGCCCUCGAAGCGAUCGAGUCGCGUCAAACCGAGGCAACCAAGGCGCGUCGCCGGGCCAACGAGGCCCCAAAACCUAGCAAAAAGGUUCGCAAACCAAUCAAGCGCCGCCGGGGGGCGACCCCCGACGCCCGAAAAACCGCGGUGUUGACCACGAUUCAGUUUGCCGUCGUGCUCGCUCGCCUCGAUACGCACCUGUCGUUUGGCCAAAUGACGGAAAUGACAGUCAAGAUCCUCUCGACGCGCCGCUUUUACUCGCAUGGCAUCACGUUCGAAGCCUUUGUGUACACGGCCACGUCCCUCGGGUGGUUCCGGCCCGACUUUGCGUCGUUGCCGGCGCCGUUUGCCGAGAUUUCCAUUUCAAAUGACGAAAAGACGUCGGCCCAAGCCGCGCUGCAGUACGUCUGGGACACGCACGUCGCGAGUAUCUACGUGGCGUGCGAAGGCGACUCGAACCCGUUUGUCGCCAAGCACGUCAUGCAAAUCAAGCAGCGGCUCGUGAAAGCACUGAGCGCCAACGACCACGCCGAGAUGGACCCGCUUCUCGCCCUUACGCUGCUUCGGCACCUCAUGCACGUGUGCUGGCGCGUUGGCGCGGCCCGCGGCUUUCGAUCGCGCCACACCGAGUCGGGGAGCGGCGCUGGCGGCGACCACUUUUACAUUGCCGAGCUCGCGCGGUCGGACGAGCUCAUUCUGAUUGCGAAAGGCAUCUUGGCCAUCCCGGAUGCGGUCACGGGGCACCAGGUGUUCAACGCGGCGCUGUACACGGCGCCAUCGUCGGAUUUUAUGAUCAACUUUUCGCACAUUGAUCCGGCGCGGAUCCGAGACCUCUUCCACGACCACUGCAUCCACACCAACGAGUGCGUCGCGAUCGACAGCGUGCUCCAGCGCUACGCGUGGCAGCUCAACGACGUGUACCGGUCGUACUCGCUCGUGUGCAACAACCUUAGCGGCAUCACGCGCGGUGGAUUUGAAGAGCUCAUGCACGAUCUCCGGCUCGGCUCGAGUCACUUUACGAACGUGCACAUGUCGUUGAUCUUUGCCGCGGUCGUGAGUCGACAGCCAGAGACCGACCGGCUCCUCGCGACGAGCUUUAUUGAGCUCAUGAUCCGUCUCGCGGCCGAGAAGCACGCGGUGGAGCGGCCGUUCAUUGAUCGAAAGCAGUCCAAAUUGCAGCUCGUGCAGCCGGAGCGGGUCGCGGUUGUGCUCGAAGACCUCUGUACACGGUACCUGUUGCCCAACAUUUGCCAAAAUCUCUCGAUCACGUUCCGUCGGCAAGUCGCGGCGCCCGAGCUCCAGCGGCUCUUGAACCGACACCGCAACUUGCUCCGGCGGUUGUACUUGUAUUAUUGCCGCCAGGACAUCGCUGACAUGGAGGCGUGGAAGAUGAACUUUGGCGAAUUCGAGCGCUUCAUUCAGGACUUUGGCUUGAACGACGCGGUCUUCUUCCCGUCGAGCAUGAACCUCAUCGUUUUCAACGCGUGCCAAGACGACUUGAACGAAGGCCAGUUCAUCUACCAAGAGUUUGUCACAGCCAUCAUUGCCAUCGCGCAGAUGAAGGACUCCAACCCGUUCCUCAAGUGGCAGCGCAAGACGAGCAACUUUAUUCAAACGCUCAUCGACUACAUCUCGCACCCGGACCGCGCCGUCAAGUUUCGACUCAUUCUCUCGUAA